GCGGACUGGAGCCAUGGCCGGGCGGGGGAAGCUGAUCGCGGUGCUGGGGGACGAGGACACGGUGACGGGCUUCCUGCUGGGCGGGGUGGGCGAGCUCAACAAGCACCGCAAGCCCAACUUCCUGGUGGUGGAGAAGGACACGAGCCUGACCGAGAUCGAGGAGACCUUCCGGUGCGCGGGUGCCUUCUUGGGGGUGUCCGUUCCCCCAGUGCAGCCCCCCCCACCCAUCCCUGCCUCCCCCCGCAGGAGCUUCCUGGCCCGCGAGGACAUCGGCAUCAUCCUGAUCAACCAGUUCAUCGCGGAGCUGAUCCGGCACGUGCUGGACGGGCACACCCGCUCGCUGCCCGCCGUGCUGGAGAUCCCUUCCAAGGAGCACCCCUACGACGCCACCAAGGACUCCAUCCUGCGCCGCGCCCGGGGCAUGUUCACCGCCGAGGACCUGCGCUAG